CUUGGCUUCAAACUGUGGCUAAGCUGGUUUCAAGUGAGGCCAAUAGCAUCCCUAGAUUAUGUGUUCAGACUGGUCGAUCAGAAUGUAUAUCAAAAUUAGGUAAUUGUCACGUGCUCAAAGAAUUUUCUGUCAUUUCAAUUUACACAAUGCAGAAACGUCAACAGGGCUAUAUACAACUUUCAACUCCUGCAGAAGCUCUCGCUCAAAAGCCUUUGGUUAUAGAUCCGCAAACUGAACCUCAAGUCGGCGGAAGAACAAGAAUGAAAUCGAAACAGCCCAAUAGAACCACAAAGACUUCUCAAAAAUUAAAACUUUUCCCUGAAGAUCAAGCAACUUCUACUACUGUUGAUGAGACAAGUGAUGGGAGAUAUAAUCAGAUUGGUCAAAUUUCACAAGGAACUGCUAGAAGAGAAGCAGAAAGACUUAGUAAACAAGAGCGACUUAAACUUCCACGGGUUACUGCUUAUUGCACAGCAGC